AUGCAACCGAGUAUGCGGCUCUGUGUGCCCAGUGCGCCCGUGCUGGGCCUGUUUUGCCGAGGCUGCCUCAGCAGGACGCGGAGUUGGACCGGUCGCAGCUUUACUUCUUUGCCCAGGAAGAUGAGCAGGUGGAACAGCGAGGAGUCCUGCAACCCCCUGCCCCCUCAGGAAAACCCCCGUGUUCUCAUCACAGGUGGUCUGGGGCAGUUAGGUGUGGGACUUGCACAGAUGCUGAGGAAACAGUACGGAACAGAGAAUGUGAUCCUGUCAGAUAUCAAGAAGCCUCCGCCUCAUGUUUUCACCAGUGGCCCAUUCGUGUACGCUGAUGUGUUGGACUACAAACACCUCCGAGAGCUGAUUGUAAAUAAUCGUAUCACUUGGCUGGUCCACUAUAGCGCUCUGCUGAGUGCUGUGGGUGAGGCUAAUGUGGCUUUGGCACGAAAGAUCAACAUCACAGGCCUACAUAAUGUGCUGGACUUGGCCUUAGAGAACUGCCUGCGCCUCUUUGUUCCCAGCACCAUCGGAGCAUUCGGUCCCUCUUCUCCACGUGACCCGGCCCCUGACCUCUGUGUCCAAAGGCCUCGAACCAUCUAUGGCGUGUCUAAAGUGCACGGUGAACUGAUGGGGGAGUAUCUCCAUCAUAAAUACGGCUUGGACUUCCGCUGCCUACGUUACCCUGGUGUGAUAUCAGUCAACACACCUCCUGGUGGAGGAACAACAGACUAUGCGGUUCAAAUCUUCCACGAUGCCCUGAGCACAGGUCACCACGAGUGCUACCUGCGACCCGACACCCGUCUUCCCAUGAUGCAUAUCUCUGACUGCCACCGUGCCACAGUAGAGUUCAUGCAGGCUCCUGAGUGCCAGCUGUCCCUGCGCACCUACAACAUAGCUGCCAUGAGCUUCACUCCAGAGGAGGUGGCCCAAGAAAUACGCAAGCACCUCCCUCACCUCAAAGUCACCUACAAUCCCGACUCUGUCCGCCAGACUAUCGCAGACAGCUGGCCUGUGAGGUUUGAUGACUCCAACGCCAGGAGGGACUGGGGCUGGGCACCAGCCUUCGGGAUUGAAGAGCUGGUGUCGGACAUGCUGCGUUCCGUUCGAGACAAGAGGACCGACGAGGGUUUGCCGGUCAGCUAGCAAAACCUGCUCCACAAAGACUGACCAAUGCCCCGCGGCUGUCUUUUCUUCUGCCUGCCAUUUACCAACAACACACUUCCUUUCACUUCACUCUUACAAACUGUCAACCAGUAUCCUCUGUUUCUCUGGCACGUUACAGUGAUGUGCUGGGCACUGAUUGUGAAGUAAGACCUCUCCAUCAGAGCCUCUUAACAUACAGUGGAACACACACACGUGCACAAACACACACAUUUCAGUCUUUUUCAGGAAAUCAUAUACUGUCAAACCUUCUCUUCAUCUUUGUUGUUUUUAAUUGUUAUCAUGGUAUGAGCAUCACUUUACACAUGGGUAUGUUGCCUCAGAUUGAACAGAAAAAUAGUCAUUUCUUAAGCUUCAGAGAUUUCCAAACGUCAUGUUAAUCGCAUGCAUGGACGCGACAGUCUGUGACAAUGUUUAUUACAAUGUCGAAAACUACUUGGACCUGUUGCACAGUUAGAGUAACAAAUCUGUUGUAUACUUUGAUUCUAGGAUCAUCUGGAAUAGCUCAGUUAACCCUGGACUGUAAUGACACAUCAUGUAUUCUGGCAGCCUUUUAUGAUGUAGUCUAUCGAAUGAUAACCACAUAAUGUAUGCAACCCCACUACCCUUGCUGUGGCAUCUAAGAGGAAGCCUUUAUUUUACUUUUUUGCCAGCAGUGUGACUUUGGUUAUGAAUGAGUACCAAUAUCAAAUGAAGCCUUAUAUGCUUUGGAAAACAAUGUAUAAAAAUGCAGUGUACUUUGAAUCAGACAUUGACUAAUAAAGCUGUUAUUUACCCAAA